CAAAGCCAACGCGAAAGUUCUAUGUGGACCGGCCUUAAGCACCGUUGACGAUGGCAAUGGCUUUGACGGUGUCUGUGACGCAAUGGACGUUGUGUACUUUCGCUUUAAAACUAUCGAUAGUACGAUCGAUAGUGUGAAAUCUCUAAUGCGUAUAAACAAAUCCGCCAUUGUGAAUAACAACGCUAGAGGAUUUUUCGGCAGGCUAGUCGCUGUGUAUUGAUAUAGUCGGCGCGGAGCUUUGUGAAAUAUUUUAAUUAAACAUAAUUAUUCAUAAUUAAAUUCACAAAUAAAAUGACUUGUCGAUUGUGCUUAGAUAAACCGGCAGAGGUUAUGCAAAUUUUCGACGAAAAUGGUGGAUUAGUUGAAGGCGGUGCCAUAGAAAUUAUAGAGAAAUACUUCCAAAUCCAGAUACAGUUCAGGGACGAAAUCUCGAAUAAAAUUUGCUUGGUUUGCUGGCGUUAUCUUAACGAAUUCCACAAAUUUUGGUUAAACAUUAAAGAGAAGCAACGCAUACUGCAAAUCGCUCUUGAUUGUACUCGGAUUCAAGGAAAGGCGACAGAAGACGAUUCAUAUGCACAAAAAAAUUCAACAAUUGACAGAAAAAAUGAUAUAUUUUCUGAGCCUGAGUUAAACAUAGUAGAUAUUAAGAAUGAACCCAACUUAGCUGAAGAAUUUGAUGAUGAUUGUAUGAAUGAAGAUUCCCCAUUAUUGUCUCCACAAGCUUCCGAUGAAGAGAAAAAAAUGGAUGGGUUGGAAAAUCAACUGAAAGAGUGGAACUGCUUGGAUGUGUUGCCGAUGUUGACAGCAAACAAAGUGACUGUGGAUAGGUUAAAAUACCUUUGUGUGGAAGACAUUAAAGAUAUGAUACCUGCUAUUGGAAUCCGAGCAGAAUUCAGGAGCAAAUUAUUAACUUGGAAAAAAAGAGAAUUCGAAAUUGAUGAUGAAAACAUAUCUAUAGUUACACCAAUCAAAAGUUGGCUAUCGGAAAGCCAAAGACCCGACGAAUCUCUUUCGAAUCCAAGUGUACGAACGAUAUUAGAAGCUCAAGAUAACGGGAGAGCUAUUUUGGAUUUCUUUAAAGCAAACAGGUUUAUAAUGGAAGUUCAUCGACAGGAGUUAAUCGUACUAUUAUUGGAAAAUUUUUUUGCGUGCAACUUGAAAUUACAAUGUAAAGAUUUCUCCUACAUAGUUCAACAAAUUAUCAAUAUUUUUCCAACUGAAAAAAAAGACUAUUACUUCAUUCCCAGAGGACCGAGAAAAAAUCCCGGAGGAAAAUUGUAUGAUAAGUAUCACAAUUUCAAGACCAAGCGGCGUAAAAUUCAAAAAUGUCUGACUUCUUACGAGGAAAAAUGCGACGUGGAAGAGUUUGAUGAAGUGCAGCUCAUUGAAUUGAAAAAUUCUUUAAAAUCGGAACCAGCACUUAGCAUUAUAGCGGACAACGGUGGGUUUACUAUAUCAGAUGUUUGGAAGCGAACUCUUCCACUACGUCAAAAGGGCCCAAGAUGGACCAACGACAAUAACGAUUUUUUACAUGAGUGGCCAUCUUUCAAACAAGCUUUCGGUUAUAAAUUGAUUGAAUAUGACUUUGACGAAAAAUAUCCCGACAGAGGAAAUAAACUACUGGAGAAAUGGACAACUUUUAAACACCAAAUUCGCAAGUUCUAUGAAGUAAACAUCAAAGAUACGAAGUCGAGAGAAGAGUUUUCUGUGUGUAAAGAGAUCCGAAAUUCAAAAAUGUUGUCUAGAAUAAGCUAUGACGCUGUACAUGAGCCUAUUCCGGAGUCCUCGACAUCCUUUGUUCAAAACGAUAUUCUGAAGACAUUGAGGGAGACAAAUACCCAACUGGUGAAAGUUGAGGAAAAUCAAUCCAUACUAAGCCAGGGGAUGGACACACUCGUAGGCAAUCAAGAGAGGAUCACUAUUGCGUUUGAGGAAAUUGACAAAAACCCACAAACUAUGGCGUUAGCUAAAGGCAUAAGGGAGUGCAAAGUGGCAGACUCCAAAAUGGACGAAGUAGCUAACAUGAUCCCCUUGCAUACUAUCACUGCAGUGCUAGAAGUAGAACAAAGAUUGCAGUCACCAGACUUUGUUCGAACAAUGACAAUGUGUUUGCACAAGGUUAAGGGGGCGUCAGAGGAUGUCGGCAAAGUCAUCCGCCGCAUGUUUACAGAUGACCUUCUUUAUAAAUAUAACUGGAAGGGAACGGGGGAGAAACAGCCGCUAUACCAACUAACCUUCGUGAAUAAGCCUCUGCGUGAUGUUUUCUCAACACAAGGCUCUUUAGAAUUUGAAAAGAGUGUACGCAAAGCAGUGGUGCGUGCCCAUCAUCGGUUCUGGCAAAAUAAGUACCUUCAAAAAGGGAAAACAACGACUACAGCUGCUAAAACAACAACCACAACCGCAACCUCAACC